AUGAUAACUCAAAGGUCCCUUUACACAGCUCAUGUUGGGAUUGUAUGCUUGCUCAUGGUUUUUUCUGUCUGUUCAAGUGCUGGGACUUCCAAGAUUAAUGGGUGCAUAGAGAAGGAAAAGAAUGCUCUUCUCAAGUUUAAACAAGGCCUAGGUGAUGAGUCAAAUGUUCUCUCCUCUUGGGAAACCAAAACAGAUUGUUGCCAAUGGAGAGGAAUCACAGGCAACAACGAAACCGGUCGUGUCAUCAUGCUUGAUCUCAGUCACAACAUUUCUGAUGUCUUCUCCGAGGAGCAACCAUUGUCAGGUGGGAUCAUUCCUUCACUUGUUGAACUCCAAUACUUGAGUUAUUUGGACCUCAGUUUUAACAGUUUCGAUGGACUUGAGAUUCCAAACUUUAUUGGCUCUGUUGCUCUAUUGAAACACCUCAAACUUGCAAGUGUCGGUUUUGUUGGAACAAUCCCCCACCAGCUUGGAAAUCUUACGGAUUUGCACACUCUUGAUCUUUCUAUGAACAUUGAACUUAAUGUCACUGAUCUUGAUUGGUUGUCUCGUUUACCUUCAUUGAGAUACCUCAACUUGUCGCGUCUAAAUCUUUCUGAAGUUGUCGAUUGGUCGCAAUCUAUAAACAAGCUUCCUUAUUUGUUAGAGCUUCGAUUAUCUUCAUGCGGUCUUACUAAUGUCAAUCCUAGUUCAUUUAUGCUCAACAAUUUUUCCAACUCACUUGAACUUCUUGAUCUCUCUGACAACCACUUUGAUCCUUCGAUAUUUUAUUGGUUGUCGAAUAUCAGCACCAAUCUGGUUCAAAUUGGAUUAAGUGCAUGCCAGAUGAAAGGUCCAAUCCCAGAUGUUUUCACAAACCUGGUUUCUCUAGUGUCUCUGGAUCUUUCCUAUAAUCAACUGGAAGGUGGGCUACCAAAAUCUUUUCGGAAGUUAUGUAGCUUGGAAUCACUAAAUCUAUGGGAAAAUAGACUUUCAGAUAGACUUUACGAUUCUGUGAAAAACUUGUCAUGUUCUGAGAAGACCCUUAAGCACCUGCUUUUAAGUGGCAACCCCUUUUGGGGACCAUUUCCUGAUCUUACAAAGUUUACAUCCUUGGUAGAGUUGUACAUAGAUGGUACAAAUAUUAGUGGUCCUCUCCCAAAAAGUCUUGGCCAGUUUUCCAAGCUAGAUUCCUUGAGCUUAGUUUCUAAUAAGCUCAAUGGUUCAUUACCAGAUUUUUCGGGACUUUCAUCUCUACGAUUGUUAUUUCUCUCCAACAAUCAACUGAGUGGAUCUGUGCCUGAGAGUCUGGGGCAACUUUCUAGCCUUGAAGUGCUGCUUCUUUCUUCAAAUUCCUUGGAUGGUAUCCUAACAGAAGCCCACUUUUCGAACCUCUCUCGUUUGCAGUCUUUCGACAUAUCUCAAAAUCCAUUGUCUUUGAACCUGAGUUCAGAUUGGAUUCCACCUUUUCAACUUGACUCAGUAGUCAUGAUCUCUUGCAAAGUGGGCCCUGCCUUUCCAAAAUGGCUUCUAUCACAAAGGAAACUUCGGUCUCUUCAUAUGGCAAACGCAGGAAUUUCAGACUCAAUACCUGAAGGGUUCUCAGAGUCUCUGUCAUCCUUGUGCAAAUCACAAUCUCCAUCAUUAUCUCAUCUUGACAUUUCUGAUAACCAACUCUCAGGAGAAAUUCCCAGUUGUUGGACUCAAUUUCAAGGACUGCUCUUCUUGAACCUGGCAAAGUAUAACUUCUCUGGGAAAAUACCAAAUUCCUUAAGCCACUUACCAAACGUUAUGUUGUUACGUUUGCAUGAGAACAACUUGUCCGGAGAAAUGCCAUCUUUAGAGGGCUGUAAAGAAUUGAGGGUUGUUGAUCUUGGAAGGAACAGGUUAUCUGGUAGAAUACCUAGUACAUUGGCAGGGCAAAACUUGCCUAAGUUACUAGUUCUACGCUCAAGGCACAACGAGUUUAGUGGAAGCCUGCCUUUGAGCCUAUGUAGUUUACCUGCUCUCCAUGUUUUGGACUUCUCACAUAACAACAUAUCUGGUGUCAUUCCAAAAUGUUUGAAUAACAUGACAGCUAUGUCUUAUGAGGUGACAGACAACAUAAUUCUUGGGUUUGUGCAAGUGGUGUGGAAAGGAAUAGAGAUCGAAUUCGGUCAAAAUCUUAAGCUUCUUAGAAGUGUCGAUAUCUCGAGCAAUUCCUUAAGUGGGGUUAUUCCUGAAAACAUCACUAAUCUCUUGAAACUAGUGUCUUUAAACCUGUCAAGGAACAACUUGAUUGGAGGCAUUCCUAACUUUGAUAAGUUGAGCCUUUUGGAAUCUCUGGACUUGUCAAGAAACAGGCUUUCGGGUAGCAUUCCGACAAGCUUUUCUAGCUUGAAUUUUCUGAGCUAUUUGGACUUGUCCUACAACAACUUGAGUGGCAGAGUUCCACUAAGCACCCAAAUGCAGAGCUUCAAUGCCUCUUCAUUUACAGGAAAUCUUCAACUCUGUGGACCACCACUCACAAAAUACUGCCCAGGAGAUGAUAUUGAUCAAGACCGGGGUCAAGUCACCGAUAGCGGUGGAAGCAACGAGAAUGAAGAAGAUGAUAAUGGGUUCAUAACCUUUGGCUUUGGUGUUAGUGUCGGGAUUGGAUUUUUUGUGGGAUUUUGGGGACUAUGUGGCAGUUUACUACUCAAUAGUUCUUGGAGACAUGCCUAUUUUCGCUUCUUUGAUGAUAAAAAGGAAUUGAUCUGCAAGAGAGCUAGAGCAUUGCUCAAGCCAAUAUUACAGAGAGAACACUAA